GCACGGUUACGAGGAUGGUAAGGGGUGAUGCGACUCGGUGCCGGCAGGUCUUCACAAACCUGAUCAGCAACAGCAUCAAAUUCACGAAGGAGGGACACAUCCUGCUGCGCUGCUACGCGAUGCCCAACGAAGACUUCUGGCCCAGGCCCGGCUCCCCCGACUUGCUCCCCGACCACCCCAGUCAGGAAUCUUCUAUCCGGAUUGCUUUUGAGGUCGAGGACACCGGCUGCGGGAUCCCCCCGGAAAAGCGCAACCUCGUCUUCCAGGAUUACUGCCAAGCCGACGCAUCUACUACGCGCAACCACGGCGGCACGGGCCUCGGCCUGGGGAUCGUCAGAACUCUAGUCGAAAUGAUGGGCGGACAUAUUUCCAUCGUCGACAAAACAGGGCCCGGGACGCUCUUCCGGUUUCACUUGGAGUUCCAGAGGGAAGCGCCGCCGAGCGGACCAGUCACGCCAUCCCUUGUUCGACGGUCGGACCCCUUCUUUAUCCAGGAGCCAGGCGCGCUCGCGCGCUUCCGGGUGGUUAUUGGCAGCGGCCGCAGCUUGUCGCGGUCGCUCGCAGCGGCCGCGCUUCGCCGGCAGGGCGCGGCCGUGGUGGAGGCGGCGUCUUGGAGCGAAGCGCUAAAGGAGCUGCGCUGUUUGGCGGAGCUAUCGGCGGAAAUCCCGGCCGAGCACUUAAACCAGUUUAAUGGAGAAUCACCGGAGUGGUCAGGGGCUGCCAGCAAGCAGGAGGGGCCGCUGUAUUGCGCCCUGCUCUCGCUGUCGCUCUUUUCGAAGGAGCUGAGCGUGGAGGAACUAGAAGCGGCCGCGAUGCAAGUGCGCGAGGCGCUGGGAGCUGCAGAAAGUACGCGCCAAUCAAUCGACGGCCCGCGGGGUGUGGCAGUGGCGUGGGUGGUGUCAGCGACCACGCCGGCCGCGCUGCGCGACGUGCUCAAGCGCGCGGGCUUCCCAAUCAUCUUCAACAGGCCGCUGUAUGAGUCCAAGCUGCACCGGCUGCUGCACACUCUGGCCGGGACUCGGGACCCGGACACCCCCUGCGGCUGCCCGGUGCGAACAACCGGGACGAAAAGCAAUGCCUCGCACGCCCGGGCGUCCGAGCCGCUGAUGUACCGGUCGGGAGACUGGAACGGGGGCGGGCUCGCGCGAAUGCAGAGCGCGCCGUCGGGGACGCGGAAGGAGCGGGAAGAGGUCCACGUGGCAGAUGAUGACUGCAUCGUGGUGGUGGGAGAGGAGGAGGGCGACACGCCUCUGCAGGGGAUGGUCGUUCUGGUCGCCGAGGACAACCCGGUCCUGCAGCUGCUCGCCACUAAAACGGUGAUGAGUCUGGGAGCGCAAGUUGUGACAGCGGACGACGGCGGCGCGGCGAUGGACGCGAUCGUGCAGCGGCGGGAGUCGACGAGCCGGCAGUUUGACUUCGUCCUUCUGGACUGCCAAAUGCCUGUAAUGAGUGGUCUCGAGGUGACUCGUCGCCUCCGCAACUUGGAAACAGCGACUCAGGAGCACACCCCGGUAAUUAUGCUCACAGCCAGCGCGACACCCUCUCAAGACCGCAGGACGUCCGCAGAGGCGGGGGUCGAUUUGUACCUCACGAAGCCCCUGGAUGCUCGCUUAUUUGCUCAAAGAGUCACCGCACUUCUUCGAAAGACACGAGGCCUCGCCUCCGGCCUAGAAUAG